GACCUUUUUGACAACCUGGACUUUGCAAGGGCUGUGGAUUCUUGUUUCAAAUCCUUGGAGUCAAAACCUGUUUUGCUGCCUUGGGAGUCACGAGCAUGGAGACCGAUUUUUCAACAGAAUUUUGACUACAUGGAUGACUUCAACAUGGGUAGCAUUUUCCGUCCGAUUUUGCCGGGACCUGUUGCAGAGCUCUCAGUUCAGAAGAAGAUCAAACUGACACCUCCAGUCGUGUUGUCCUCUAACUUUGCACGUGCAGUUGUCAAACACCCUGAAGAGACUUGGAUGGACAAACGGGACUCUGAGUUGCAAACAGGGUUGAAACGUUGGCUCACUUGCAUCUUGUCCUGGGAUCCCACGGUGAAGGUGGUACAGGAAUUGAAUAGCUGUGCAAUUAUAGCAGACGGACUGACCUUGCUGCGUGGCUACAUGGGUACUAAAGCACCUGCAACCUUGUACAAGCGUGUCAACAGUUUGGGUGAUGAUGGGUUUUGGAACGGUCGUGAACUCACGGCUGACCCAAUUGAAUCUUUUUCCUCAAUGAACCCACUUGCAAGUGACCCCAUUGAGCAGUUUUCUGAUUCACACGAAAGAGGAGUUCUGCACUCAGCACCGUUUGAUGUUUCUGCGCAUUUGGGUGGCAACUAUGACUCAGUUUUAUUUGACAGUGCUUCUGCUUGCAGUAAUGCUGGUAUAGCUGAAGAUGGUUUCGUCACUCCGAGCCUUGCGCGUUCAGCAGCUGGGGACACAAUCAUGGACACCAUGUCAGACGAUGGAUGCAGGGACCACAGUGCUACGCAGAAGGGUUUUGCACAGAUUUUGGAAUUGCAGAAGCCACAAUUCAUUUGGGAACAGGACAGUUUUCUCAGCGCGGUUUUUGGAAAGGGCAAUGUUGUGGAUGAUCUCUUUCCACAUGUCUCCAUGAAAAGACCAGCGUCAUUGCCGGUUGAUUUGACAGGUGAUGAAGCUGAUGAGGCGCCGAUCCACAAGGCGCUGAGAAGAGGCCAGUUCAAGGCGCUGUAUUCCAGGUCCAUCAAACAGAGUGCAGUGGUACAUGAAGAGACACAGAGAGCUAACUUUAUGUCUGGCUGGACAUCCAUUGUGCUGUUGAACCUUUUUGCAUUUGCAGCAUUCGACAGAGUGCGUUGUGAGAGCCUUGAAGCAGAGAUGCGGGCCGUGGUAUACACGACGGUGGUUGAGUGCUUAUCGAGGAAAGCCACCAGCACGGUAGGAAAGAGGUUAGGGGCAAUGAGGAGGUUUGCAGAGUUUUGCACUGCGAGGGCCUUGCCCCCUUUUCCAUUGGAUGACAGCUGCAUGCAUGCGUAUUUGCUUUGGCUCUCAACAGAUUCUCGUGCACGAGGUUCUUCUGGGAAGUCGUUUUUGGAAGCUGUGCGCUUUACAAGUUCGAUGUUAGGCCUGCGCAGCAAGGAACUACAGCUCAUCUCACAGCGUGUCACGGGCCUAGCAGAUUCCUUGGUCAAGCAGGCACCUGUGAUUGAACGAGCAAUUGCGUUGACAGUUGAGCAGAUCAAAAAGAUUGAGAUGAUUUGCUGCAAUUCAGAAUCGUUGCAAGACAGGGUGCUUGUUGGAGGCAUUUUGCUGAUGAUAUAUGGUAGUGCAAGAGCUUCAGACAUGGCACGUGCAAUCAAAUUGCUGGUUGACAGGGACGUUAGGCAGUUGGAUGAGCGUGAAGCCAACGAACCUGAGGGAUUCAUAGAGUUGGCGGUGCUUGGCAACAAGGGCGCCAGGAGCGACGUCCACCGGCGAUUGCUGCUUCCGGUUGUGGCUCCAAUGAUGAGCCUGAGUGGAGCCAAAUGGUGGGAUGCUUUCCUGGAGGCGCGCAUGGCUCUUGGUCUUGAGACGGAAGGGAGACUGAAGUGGCCUCUUUUAUGCAGGUUCGAUUCAGAUGGAAAGCCCCUUGAGCAGAACUUGACCGCCUCCGAGAUAGGAGAACUCUUGCGCCAAUGCUUGAACAUCAAAACCGAGAGGCGCAAUGUCGUGCGCAGCCACUCUUGCAAAGUCACGAUACUUUCGUGGUUGGCAAAAUAUGGAACAGAGCUCCAUGUCCGCAGACUGGUCGGGCACCACCUGGAUGUUGGGGCUAAGAGCGCUGAGACAUACGCGCGUGACAGCAUGGCUCCAGCAAUGCGGGCCGUAGCUCAGGUGAUCAAUGCUGUGAUCCAAGGCGUUUUUGCCCCAGAUGUCACCAGGUCUGGAAGAUUCUUGAAGCCACCUGCAAAAGAUGCUCCAACAGCCAACGAUGGGGAGAACUCGGAUGGCUCAUAUGAAUUUCCCUUCAGAGUGUGUCAACAGCAAGAGAUGUUUAGGGCGACAGUAGGGAUUCAGGAUGGAUAUCCUCCCAUGCCUGCACCUUCAGUGGAGGGUAAGCCCACAGUGCGACCUCUUGGCACAGACGAGUGUGGCGCUUGGUUGCUUGUGGAUGUCAGUGCAGUGGAUGUCAUCGAAAAGCCUGGUUCAGCUGCACACCCUUUUGACUUGUCAGGUAAAGCCGAGCAGGUGAAACAGCAAUCGGAUGAGGCUGGUUGGGAGUGCAUCUCCGUGGAAUCCAGUGCGUCUGAGCGCAAUGAGUCAGACGUCCAGAGGGUGCGAGCCAUGUCACUGCUUGAUUUAGAGGCCACCUUCAAAAAGAGGGCAAUAGAGAUCGGAGAUGAGACGCUUUUCCAGACCCUUGACAAUUCUGGAUUAAAGACCUUUAGUGGUCUAGCCUUUGCAUGUGGCACACCGCAAGCUCAACCUGAUGAUACUGCCUUUGGAACGUUUGCUGCAGGAGUUUUUGGAGCUCCACCGACACUGGGCCAGUUGUCUCAACUUCGCAGGUUACACUUUGAAGCUUGCACAAUCGUCUUUGCAACCUUGAAGAGCAAUGUAGCUGGGGAUUUGUCAGACGGUAUCAGAAAGCUGCCCCCAGCAGAGAAACAAGCGCGUGCCAAAGAUCAGCAGACUAGACUCACUGGUAUCACCCUGUCUGGUGAAAUGGAGCCUAGCUACGCUUUAGUAGACAAGUGUGCAAGCAUGAGAGAGACAGGAUCCUUACUUUGGAUCCAUCCGUCGCAGUGCACCAAGCGUGAACAAGAAGUGCAACAAACUUUGAAGGAAAAAUCCCAAGUGCUGAAGAUCGAAAACAUGACGCUGAAGAUGGCCGCUGACACAGAAGCUUUUGAGGCCGACCAUGGAACCGAACUCAAACUGAUGUGGUGCUUCCAAAGACGUGGAUUAGCAUUUGACCAAGCGGCCUUGAUUUCUUGGGACAAGCAUGAGAGUUGGGUGUCAGCAAUGUUUCAAGCCUAUUCAGCGGAACCACCACCUUCAUUUGCGAAAGUGACCAUGCCUCAACUGUUGAGGGCAGACAAGGAGUUGUUUACAAUUUUAGCAAGGGAAGUGGAGACCAUCCAACCUGACACAGUUGGACAUCGCCCGCUGGAUGAUGCGAUCAUCCGUUUGAAGACGGAUCCAAGAGUGACCAUGCACUUGCUACCACUGCCAACUAAGGCACAUUCAGUGGAGGCGUCAAACGCUUCGAAGCCUGAAAAUCCCAGACCUAAGGCCAAACCACGUCCAGGCAAGAGAGCCCGGGCAGCCACUGAAGUAAAAAUGCCUGAUGAGUUAAAAGGUGGUCACUCCAAGACCGUGGACAACAAACCAAUCUGUUGGGCUUACAACAUGAAAGACGGGUGCUCUGCAAAGACCUUUGGAAACCCAGUUCGUCCAACUGAAGAGUUUUUUGCAAAUAUUGCCAAAGACACGGAGUGGAAAGACCUUUUGGUAGUCGAGAUCUUUGCAGGAACGGCCCGGCUAAGCCGAAUUCCAGUCCCGGGAUGCCCGAAAGAGAUGCAGCCUGCGCCUCUCCGUACAAAAGAAUUUCCAGAUGGAUUACCGGGACUCGCGGGACUCGAUUUGCUGAAAGUUGAGAAAGCAAAUGCUUUGUAUCGAGAAGUCAGCGAUGCUUCAAUGGGUGCCUGGGAGGGCACGGUGACUGAGAUUGAAAAAGGAUGGUUGGUGGAGGAUAAACAUCCGGACCUGGACAAUUUGGUGGUGGCCAGGCGUUUCGGCUUGGCGCAGAAGCUUAAAGUGAGGGUCAUCGAUGACUUCAAACAAUGCGGUGUGAAUGGAUCCGCCGGCCUUCCUGAAAAGUACGUGCUGCACUCCAUCGACGCCAUUGCCGCCACUUUGGUCAGAGCUUUGUCCCUAGGCCUUCCAGACGGAGAAAAGCUGUAUGGCACCACAUUUGACUUGGUGGCGGCCUACAAACAGUAUGCUAUCCACCCUGAAGACCGUGAGCGUGUCCGCAUUUGCGUGAAAGACGUUGAAGAAGGAGUUGCUAAAGUAUAUAAAAUCAAUGCAUUGCCUUUCGGAGCUUCCGGAAGCGUGGCUGGGUUCCUUCGCAUUUCAGCAGCCCUGGCGUGCAUUGGUCAGGUAUGCCUUGGAUUCUGGUGGUGGAGUUUUUUCGACGAUUUCCCUACCCUGACCACCUCUUCCUUGGCGGAGCAGUGCAAAGCUCAAGUGCACCUACUGUUUGACCUAUUGGGCAUCGAUUUCGCCCGCGAUGGGGACAAAGCAGGUUCAUUCGGAGAAGCCUUCAAGGCACUGGGUUUGCUUAUUGAUUUGUCGGAAUUUCCGUCCGGCACCAUAAAAAUUGGACACACCGAAAGCCGCAGAACAGAGCUCCUGGCGCAGAUUGAAUUGCACCUCCAGCAGAACUGUUUGAAACCAAAGGAUGCAGAAAGACUCAGAGGGCGCUUGCAAUGGUAUGAUACUUUUCUGUUUGGUCGCAUAGCGAACUAUUCAAUGAGUGUGAUAGGAAAGAGGGCCACCUCUUGUGCCAUGAGCGGCAGCCUGGACCCACCACUUCGCAGAGCCUUGCUGUUUCUCAAAGAACAUGUUUUGGUGUCGAAACCGGUUGAAUUGACCAGGGCUGCUGGGAAGACUUAUUUCAUUUUUACUGAUGGUGCAGUUGAACCAUCAGAAGAUGGGACGCAAAUGCUCGCCUCUGUUGGAGGUAUUCUGUACAAUGGCGAAGGCGUAGCAGAGGCGUUUUUCAGUGAAAAGGUUCCGCAGCUAGUCUUGGACAUGUUCCUCCAACAUUCCAGCCAUCCGAUCUUCGAGGUCGAGCUCCUGGCAGUUUUGGUUGCGGCACAUACGUGGGGCCAGGCGAUCGCAAAUACCUAUGCAGUCUUUUACAUAGACAAUGAAGCUGCAAAGAGUGCCUUGAUGAAGUCUCACUCCAGCGUUUUGUUUGGAAAUGUUAUCACCACAUGCUUUGCACAGAUCGAGUUUGAGCAAAACCUGAAGGUUUGGUUUGGAAGAGUGCCAUCAUACUCAAACCCUUCUGACAAACCCAGCCGUUUCGAAAUCCAGCAACUGUUGGACGCUGAUUCCGCUUUGGUUAAGCCAAGCUGGGAUCAGAUUCUGCUUCUGAUCGAAAUGAAGGAGCAGACACUUUGA